AUGGGUACAAAUGGGGUUCUGGAAAUCCCUUGUCUUGGACGGCCAUUCCAACUUGCUAUGUUCUACGACUGUAGACGUGACUGCCUUAUUCCAGACACAACCAUGUUGGAUUCAGACAUUCUAACCAACGCCCUGGUCUGCCGUGACCAAUCAGGAUCUCGAUAUAAAGUUUUCAAAGGGGGGAGCCUUCCUGUUAAAAUGGAAAUGAUGAAAGCUGAAGGUAAUUUCAAAUUAAGUGUUCUUACAGGCCUCGCCAAUAUUUCAAACUACGCCGCCAGUUUUUUUGAAAAUAUAUUACCCAAAGAGCAGCAAGGUAUAGCAAGAAUAACACUGAUAUGCGAGAAAACAUCUAAGGUCGAAGAAGUUGAUACUGAACUUUUAAAAAGCGUUCCCCUAAAGAAUGGCGAUGAAGUAAACAAUGCCACACACUUUGUUUCGAGACUUCUAUAUGGCUCUAAAGACUUCUUCAUUUUCGAUCGGGAGGUAAAACGUUACGAGAAUUAUGGUUAUGUGAUGAGAGAUAUGCAGGAAUUCAUUGAAUCUUUGCCAAACUUGGACGAAAUACCAGAAAUGGAUAAAGAAGAAGCUGAAAAGCUUACUUGUACGAUGUAUGGCGAUACCUUCCUUCAAGAAAGCCCUAUUAGUCUUGGAGAAGCCUUCAUGCACUUAAAGAAACUAAGAAAGCACCAUGAGUCCGUGGUACCCAUCGAGGCAUGCUUACUCCCACUGAGUGCUGUAGAUAUUGAAGCUGCACGACAUGUAACAGAAACUGAAUCAGGAAUACUUUCUCAAGUGCAAGAGAUUUUGGAGAACUUUGCAGACAUCAACGGUCGAGUCAAUGGCUUUACCACGAAUAAAGCAUUUUCACAAUUUUCAAGCAUCCAAAAGAAGAUUUCAAAGUUCCAUGCAAUGGUAUCUCAAUACACGAGUGCACUCAAGAAGGAUCUCUCUAAUUUACUCCUUAAUGUCAGAAGCGGAGAUGCCGAGAUGAAACAGAUUACAGCGAUGUUAGAGAAAACAGUUGCAACGCCAUUUAAUGAAGUCUAUCUGUCUUCAUGGGUUGAUAAAACCAAGAGAGAGCUUAACUUGCUAUCAAUGUACCUUGAGAGUUUCAAAGAUUUUAAAUUUGCCUUCGAACCAGACCAGCUCGAUAGUGUCGUCAAUUCCCUUGAUUAUGAUAGAGUUGUGUGCUUCUCGUUUAUGAUAGACGACUUUCAAGACGAACAAAUUCAAGAGAUGGGAACUUACCUUCGCACUGGUAAGUGGAACAAGAAGCCUCUUGGUCAAAAAAGCUGGUUUGAAAUUGGCGAGUCACUAAAAGAGCUCAAGACCCAAGCCAGAACUUUCAGUAGCCUUGCAAAGUCCUCAAAAAGUGACAGCAGUACUAACUUUGUAGUAACUAACAUCAGUAGUCAAGGAAAAGAUGACAAGAUUGCAGUUAUCAAGAUGUUUCAGGACGGUCAAGAAGUCGAAUUCAAGCCUGAGACUAUCCUACUGCACACAUUAACACUAAGUGAUAGUGCUGAGUCUAUCCGCCCAAAAAUAACGACAUCCAAGCAGAACAGCAGUACCCAAUUUGAUGAUACAAGGUGUGGUGGCUCAUACACAGAUACAGAUGCGCUUUCCCCAGCGAGGCAACUGAAUCUAAACUUACAAGAAACAAAUCAAGGGGUAUUUGCAAGAACCAACAAUGAGAGGAGAAACGUCAGAACCAAAGUGAAACAAAUCCCAUCUGGGCCGCAUGAAUCAAUUCGAUUUAUCGCAUAUGAGGCAGGAAGUGAAGAUCAGUCUAUCUCUUCACAAAAACUCGCGGCUCACUCCGCUGGAUAUCAUUCUUUUGCGAAAGAUGGGUUUUGUCGCGAGAGGCACAAGGAUCUAACUUCGAUCAAAAAUGUUUCUUCUGAUAAUCAGUCAAGCAAUGCAAUGCGUUCGAUUGAAGAUCAAUCUAAAGAUCAAGAGGAACUGCCCAAAUUACCUGCUCUUACAUUAGCACAGAAAAUGCGACAUCAUUGUGAAGAGAUCGCUCUUGAAAAGGACGAAUUUGUUCCUGUGUACAAGCUUUCAAUGGACGAGACUUUGAGGCUAGACAAGGAAAUGAUUGUCCGAAAAUGCCUUAAAGACGAUCAGGACUGUGAAUCAAUGUAUACUCUGAAGGACCGACGAGAAAAAGUACUUUUGGUGAUGGGAGCUACUGGAGCUGGGAAGAGCACUCUAAUCAAUGGCAUGAUCAACUUCAUCAUGGGAGUUCAAUGGAAGGACGACUUUCGAUUCAAGUUAAUAACCGAGAAGGUUACUUCUCAACAUGAAAGUGUAACAAAAGAAAUUACUGCCUACACUAUCCAUCCAUUAGAAGGUUCUAACAUCCCUUACACUUUUACAAUCAUCGACACUCCUGGUUUUGGCGACACCAGAGGAUUGAACCGAGAUGUAAGCAUCACUAACCAAGUCCGAGAAUUUUUUUCUUUGAAGCCUCCUAAUGGAAUUGAUCAUCUAGAUGGGAUUGGGUUCGUUACACAGGCUUCGCAAGCGCGCCUUACUCCAACACAGAAAUACAUUUUUGAUUCUAUUCUGUCCAUCUUUGGAAAGGAUGUUCAAAACAAUUUUUUCAUGAUGUGCACUUUUGCAGAUGGAAAAAGCCCUCAUGUUUUAGACCUCUCUUCGCCAAGAAUACAAAUGCACUAA